AUGCUGGCGAUCUCGGCUUUGCUGUUGUGCUUCCUGCUCUUCACAACUUUCUCCCAGGGUCUCCCAAACAAUCCCGGAAUCUUGGAUGACAGUCUGGCUUUUAUACAGAAUCCUGCCGUCGAGAAGCGUCAAACAUCAGCAAGCCCUGCCUCGGCUUCACCAACGAGUGUGUCGACCUCCGCACCACUCAGUGUUACCCCACCGUCUGCCACAACCACUGUCACGUACACUGGCACUCCUAUCAUUGGAACCGCGCGUCUGCCUGCUUCCAUGUCAAAGAUCCUGUUUCCCUCAGAUCUGCCCUGGGUCGGGUUCCCAAAACAGACAGCGUCGCUGGGAAACAAUGCUCUGUCUCAGGCGCAAACCAAUGGCAACUCUCUCUUAGGGACGUUGCUUGCUCAGACAUUCCUCCGCUUCAUCGGUGACAUUCUUGGACUUCUGGGGGCAGGCUCCCUAAUUCCACCACCUAGUGGCUUUCCCUGGGGCUUACUAACAGCUGCUGGUACGAACCCAUACACAAACGCACCAACGACUGGGAUUGUACGUUCAUACAACUUUGUGGUCUCCAGAGGCAUCAUUGCUCCUGAUGGCGUUGAGCGAUCUGCGCUAGUCAUCAACGGAGGGUUUCCAGGCCCUACUAUCGAAGCUAAUUGGGGCGACACUAUUCAGGUCACCGUGACAAACAACAUUACCGGUCCGGAAGAGGGUACCGCAUUACACUGGCAUGCCCUCCUUCAGAAGGGUACUCCUUACGAAGACGGCGUGCCGGGCAUCUCACAGUGCCCUAUUUUACCAGGGCAAACCUAUACAUACUCUUUCAAUGCGGACUUGUAUGGCACAACCUGGUAUCACUCCCAUUACAGCGCACAGUACGCUGGUGGUGCACUCGGGCCGAUCAUCAUACACGGACCCCUUAAUGCAGCCUACGACCAAGAUUUGGGCCCUUUCACCCUUGUGGAGCAAGUCAUGGGUACCAAUCUCGCCCAGGUUGCACCCCCUUCUGUCAAUAACCUCAUUAACGGGAAAGGCGUGUUUGACUGCGCCAUGACCAACUUGACUUGCACCCCGAAUGCGGGUUUGUCCAAGCCCCAAUUCACUUCUGGGCGAUCUUAUCGACUUCGCUUGAUCAACGCCGGAGCUGAAGGCAUACAACGUUUCAGCAUCGACGAACAUGUUUUGCAGGUCAUUGCGUACGAUCUUGGCCCCAUUCAGCCGUACACAACGAAUGUAGUUACGCUCGGCAUUGGGCAAAGGGCGGAUGUGAUUGUCCAUGCGAAUGGCUCAAGGGCUGACACUUUCUGGAUGAGGUCUACAAUAAGCUCUACCUGCUCCGUCACUAAUCAGCCAAACGGUCUCGCCAUUGUAUACUACCAGAACGCGAAUUCCAACACGACCCCCAACUCAACUGCUUGGCCGAUUGAUGAUAGCAGGUGUGCAAACGAUCCCCUGAACAUGACCCUUCCGUACGAAGCAAUAACUCCACCCAGCCCAGACACGACGGUCAAUAUUGCUCUGAACUUUGAGAUCAAUGCUACGGGACACUUUCUAUGGACCAUGAAUGAUUCCACUUUCCGCGUCAACUACAAUGACCCUAUUCUAUUGCUUGCAGAUGCUGGCAAUGACAGCUAUCCGUACGUUCCGGAAUGGAAUGUCUACAAAUUCGGCACCAACAAGAGCUUCGUCAUUGUCAUCAACAAUCAGUCACCUGUUGCUCAUCCGAUGCACAUUCAUGGUCACAACAUGUACGUUCUGCACGAGGGGGUGGGUAGUUGGGACGGCAGUACAGUCCGACCAAAUAAUCCGAUGCGACGGGAUGUACAGUUGUUACAACCCAGUGGCUAUAUUGCAAUCGAGGUCGUUGCGGACAAUCCGAGUGUAUGGCCAUUCCACUGUCACAUUGCCUGGCAUGUUAGCGGAGGCCUUUAUGUGAAUAUACUGGAGCGUCCUGAUCUCAUACUCUCGCAAGUCAAAGUCCCGACCAGUGCCAGCAACCUCUGCACCAGCUGGAAUGCUUUUACCAGCAAGGACAUGGUUGACCAGAUUGAUUCGGGCCUUUGA